AUCUGUCGAUCCUGUCGCAUGUCGACUGUCGAGUUGUCACUUGUCUGUUGUCAAAAAAUGUCAGCCAACAAGGAAACUAACCUUGUACAGGCUUAUGUAGAAUUAAAUAAAUUUUGUCAGAGCAGUGACUAUGAAAGGGCGUUAAAAGCAGCAGGAAAAGUUCUGCAAAUAGCGCCCAAUGAGCAAAAGGCAUUCCACUGCAAGGUGGUCUGCUUCAUCCAGCUCCACAACUUCAAGGAGGCACUGACCGUGCUCAGCAACACUAAGAAUGCGGCCCUGGCGGCAGACCUUGUGUUUGAGAAGGCGUACUCGCAGUACAGGCUCAACUGCCCUAAGGAGGCUCUGGAGACUGUGGACAGCGCUCAUGAGUUGACACCAGCUUUAAAGGAAUUAAGGGCUCAAAUCUUAUACCGACUGGAGCAGUACCAAGACUGCUACAACCUUUACCGGGAUAUCGUGAAGAAUACCACUGAUGACUAUGAGGACGAGAGGAAGGCCAACAUGUCUGCUGUUGUGGCCAACUUGGCUGCCAUCAAUCCAUCAGCAGAUUUACCAACGUUUGAAGAGAGUACGUACGAACUAUCGUACAAUGCAGGCACCACACUUGCUCUACGCGGCAAGUACAGCGAGGCCUUGCCCGUGCUCAAGAGGGCUGAGCAAGCUUGUGCAGAGAGCGUCAUUGAGGACGGAGGCACUGAGGAGGAGGCAAAGGAAGAAGCUGCCAUCAUCAGAGUGCAGCAAGCUUACUGCCAACAACAGAUGGGCAAGGAAAAGGAAGCAGCCUCAUUGUACCAGAAUGUUUUGAAGGACAAGCCCUCCGACCAGGCACUCAUUGCCAUUGCUAGCAACAACCUGGUUGUCAUCAAUAGGGAUACCAACGUAUUCGAUUCCCGGAAGCGUAUGAAAGCCGCCACCCAAGACGGCCUGGAACACAAGCUGAACUCUCGACAGCGCGCCAGCAUUGCGUACAAUCAGGCCAUAUUGGCUAUCUAUUCCAAUCAGCCGGACUUCUGCAAGCAAUGUUGUGUGAAACUAAGCCGGGAGUUCAACCAGGAGCGAAGGGCGGCUUUGGUGGAGGCCUCCUCGCUUGUCAAAGAGGGGAAACGUGCGCAAGCCGUCACUUUACUGCUCAAACACGGAGGACUACUUACCUUAGCCGCUGCACAGGUCUUAUUGGCUCAGGGUGACCGCAAAGCAGCGGUCAAGCUGUUAGAGGAAAGUGAGUUCAAGUACAGACCGGCUAUCAUUGGCCUGCUGUGUACCUUGCUCACUGCCGACAAUGAGUAUGAGAAAGCUUCCAAGCUGUUCCAAGACGUUUAUGAACAUUACAAGGACGAUAAGGAGAAAGUGUUAUCCCUCCGCAACAUAUGGCGCGCGGCGGCUGAAGCUCACCAGAGAGCUAACAACACGGCGGCGGCCGCCAUCGCGCACGAGGCGCUCGCGGCGGCGGCGCCGGGCGACAAGCGUAGUCUCGCGAGGCUCGUCAAGGCGUUGGUCGGGGACCCGGACAGAGCGAGGAAGUUGGCUGCCGGCUUGCCGCCCAUAUCCGAGUUGGAGAGCAAAAUCGACGUAGACGCGUUGGAAUCCUCCAAAUGGAUGAUGGGAGCCAAAGUCGUUAAGAAAACUGUUCAGAGCAAGCAAGAACAGUCGCCCGGAACGCCCGGUUCAGAGUUGGGCCAAAAGACGAAGGCCAAACGCAAGCGCAAGACCAAGUUGCCGCCCAACGCCGACCUCUCCAGACCUCCCGACCCGGAAAGAUGGUUACCCAAGUACGAGCGUACCGCGUACCGCAAGCGGCGCGGCAUUCGCCGUGACGUCAUCAAGGGCAGCCAGGGGAUGACCACUAACGCGGUCGACCAAUAUGACAUGAGUAAGCAAACUCCGAGCGCCACAGCGACGGCGGCAAAGAGUCCACGCGUGGAACCCAAGUCCAUGGACAGCGCGUGGCAACGCAAGCAGCAACAGAAGAAGAAGGGCAAGGGGAAAGGGAAGUGGUAGACUCUACCCAUAAACUACAUAUACCAAUAUAUUAUACAGUUUAUAUCGCUUA